CUCUCACUCCGUAUUUUACCCUAUUUCCUUUCUCUCUGUCUCUCUCUCUCUCCUUUAUAGUUUAUUCUCUCUCUCUCUCUCUCUCUCUCGUUUAUUCACUAUUUCCUUUUUCUCCCCUCUAUUUCCUUUCUCUCUCUAGAUCUUUCUCUCUCUCUCUUUUUUAUAGUCUCUUCCUUUUAAUAUGUCCUCCUCUCUCUCUCUCUCUCUCUCUCUUUCUCUCUCUGUCUCUCUCUCUCUUUAUAAUCCUUUUUAUUCACUAUUUUUAUUCAUUAUGUCCUUCUCUCUCCCCUCAUAGUUUGUUCACUAUCUCCUUUUCUCUCUUUCUCUUCCUCUCUCUCUCUUUAGUUUAUUCACUGUUUUUUCUCUCUCUCUCUCAUAGUUUUUUCUGUCUUUUUCUCUCUUUCUGUCACUUAUACUCUUUCUCUCUCACUCACGUAUUUUACCCACUAUUUCCUUUCUCUCUGUCUCUCUCUCUCUUCCUUUAUAGUUUUUUUUGGUAUGUCCUUCUCUCUCUCUCUCUCUCUCUCUCUCUCAUAUUUAUUGAAAGUCCUUUUCUAGAUCUUUCUCUCUCACUCACGUAUUUUACCCACUAUUUCCUUUCUCUCUGUCUCUCUCUCUCCUUUAUAGUUUAUUUAAUCUUUCUCUCUCACUCACGUAUUUUACUCACUAUUUCCUUUCUCUCUGUCUCUCUCUCCUUUAUAAUUUAUUCACUGUGUCCUUUUCUUGCUUUAUCUCUCUUAUAUUUUAUGUCCUUUUCUCUAUCUUUUACACUCGCUCACUCAUACUUUAUUCACUAUGUCUUUGUCUUUCUCUUUCUCUCUCAUAGUUUAUUCAUUAUGUCCUUCUCUCUCCCUCAUAGUUUGUUCACUAUCUCCUUUUCUCUCUUUCUCUUCCUCUCUCUCUCUUAUCACUAUGUUCUUUUCUCUCUCUUUCUCUUUUUCUCUCUUUCCCAUAAUUUAAUUACCAUUUUUUGCCUUAAUCAUUUUUGUUCUUUAUUUUUUCUUCUCACCCCUCUGUCUGUUUUCUUUACUCUUUCUUUCACUUUCACUCUUUUUUCUUUUUUCCAUCCACUAUUUCUUUCUUUCUUUCUUUCUUUCUUUCUUUCUUUCUUUCUUUCUUUCUUUCUUUCACAUUUUACUCUUUGUCAUUCUUUUUUUUUUCCUUUCUAUCAGCUUUUCCCUAUUUCUUCUCAUCAUUUUUCACUUAUUCUUUCUUUUUUUCUAAACGUUUCUCUUUCUUAUUCUUUUUGUUUCUUUCAUUUUCAUUCUGUUUCUUUCUUUCUUUCUUUCUUUUUUUCUUUCUUUCUUUCUUCUUUCAUACGAUCUUCAAAAAUCAAAUUCACUGUUAAUUGCCAUCUUCGGUCAUCCUAUUCUUUCAUUGCUCUCUCACUCUCUCUCUCUCUCUCUCACACUUUCUAUCUAUCUGUUUCUCUUUCACUCACACUCUUUCUUUCUCUUUUUUGUCUCGCCAUUUCUCUUGCUUUCUCUCUCUCUACCUUUCUCUAUUUUUUCUCUUUCUAUUUCUCUCUCUUUCUCUCACUGUCUUUCUCUUUUUCUCUCUAUUUCUCUCACUCUCUUUCUCAUUCUCUCUUUCUCAUUCUCUCUUUCUCUGUCUUCUUCUUUCACUCUCACUCCUUUUCUUUUUCUCUUUCUCACUUUCUUUCAAACUCUUUCUCUCUAUUUUUAUCUCUCCCUCUUUCUCAUGCUCUCUUUCUCUAUCUCUUUCUUUCUCUCUUUCUCUAUCUCUUUCUUUCUCUCUUUCUCUUUCUUUCUUUCUCUCUCUCUCUUUCUCUUUCUUUCUCUCUCUUUCGCUUUCUUUUUCUCUCUCUCUUUUUCUUUCUUACUCUCUAUUUUCAUCUAACUCUUUCUGUCUCUUUCUCGCUAUAUUCCUCUCUCUUUCUCAUGCUCUUUUUCUCCCUUUUUUCUCUCUCUCUCUUUCUCUCUCUUUUUCUCUCUAUCUCUCUCUCUUUUUCUCUAUCUCUCGCUUCAAACACUAUCUAUGAACCCCUUUUCAUUAUCUAUCUAUCUAUCUAUCUAUCUAUCUGUUAUAUACUGAAUAUUGGACAUUUCGUUCGUUCAAUUUUCUUUCUUUCUUUAUUUUCCUUCCUUUGUUUUUUUCUACCUCCAUAUUUUACACAAAUUUUGUUUCUUUCUUGCAUAAACAUUCAUCUUUCUUUUAUUCUUUCUUUUUUUCUUGUUUUUACUCAUUUUCUUAUCACUCAUUUUUCUUUCUAUUCUGUGAAUAUUUCUUUUUUUCUGUCUCUUUCUUUUUUUCUUUCUUUCUAUCUUCUUUUCUUUCUCUCUUCUUUUCUUUCUUUCUUCUUUUCUUUCUAUCUUCUUUUCUUUCUCUCUUCUUUUCUUUCUUUCUUCUUUUCUUUCUCUCUUCUUUUCUUUCUAUCUUCUUUUCUUUCUCUCUUCUUUUCUUUCUUUCUUCUUUUCUUUCUAUCUUCUUUUCUUUCUCUCUUCUUUCUUUUUUCUUUUUUUUCUUCUCUUCUUUUCUUUCUAUCUUUUUUUUCUCUCUUCUUUUCUUUCUCUCUUCUUUUUCUUUCUCAUUUUCUUUUCUUUCUUUCUUCUUUCUUUCUUUCUUUCUCUUUCUUUUCUCUUUUUCUUUCUUUCUUCUAUUCUUUUUUUCUUCUUUUCUUUUUUCUCUUCUUUUCUUUCUUCUUUUUCUUUCUCUCUUCUUUUUCUUUUUCUCUCUUCUUUUCUUUUCUCUUCUUUCUUUUCUUUCUUUUCUUCUCUCUUCUUUUCUUUCUCUCUUCUUUUCUUUCUCACUUCUUUUCUUUCUAUCUUCUUUUCUUUCUCUCUUCUUUUCUUUCUAUCUUCUUUUCUUUCUAUCUUCUUUUCUUUCUUUCUUCUUUUCUUUCUCUCUUCUUUUCCUUCUUUUCUUUCUCUCUUCUUUUCUUUCUCUCUUCUUUUCAAUUUCUUUCUUUUUCUUUCUUUUCUUUCUUUUUCUUUCUCUCUUCUUUUCUUUCUCUCUUCUUUUCUUUCUAUCUUCUUUUCUUUCUCUCUUCUUUUCCUUCUUUUCUUUCUCUCUUCUUCUUCUUCUAUUCAUUCUGCUUCUUUCUUCUUCUUCUUCUUCUUCUUCUCAUUCUCCUCCAUUUCAUUUUUUCUUCUUUUUCUUUUAACCUGCUUCUUUUCUUUCUAUCUUUUUUUUCUUUCUAUCUCUUCAUUUUCUUUUCUUUCUUCUUUCUUUCUUUUUAUUCAUAUUUUUCAUUUUUUUUUUUUUCUUUUCUUUCUCUCUUCUUUUUCUUUUUCUAUCUUCUUUUUCUUUACAUUCUUUUCAACAUUUCUUCUUUUCUUUUCUUUCUUUCUUCUUUUUUUCAUAUAAAUUUUCUUUUUUUCUUUUCAGGUUUUCUUUUUUUUUUCUGGUGUCUUUCGUUUCCAUUUUCAUUUUCUUUCUCUCUUUAUUUGAUUUCUUUUCUUCUUUCUUUUUUCUCUCUUCUUUUUUCUUUUUUUUUUUCUCUCUUUUUUUCUCUUUCUUCUUUUCUUUCUUUCUUCAUUUUGCUUUUUUCUCUUUUUUCAUUUUUCUUUUCUUUAUAUCUUCUUUUCUUUUUUCUUUUUUCUUCUUUUCUUUUUUUCUUUUCUUCUUUUCUUUUAAUCUCAUUUCUUAUUUCUUUUUCUUUUAUUCCUUUUUUUUCUUUUUUUUUUUCAUAG